AUGGAGGCCGCGGCGGCCACGGGGGUCCGCCCCUUCGCCGCGCCGCUCGGGCCCGCGAGGGGGGCGGGCGCGGGCGCAGGCUGGCGGUGCGGGCAGGGCCGGCGGCGGCUUGGGCGGGGCGCGCGGGUGGCGGCGAGGCUGGACGGGGGCGUGGGGAAGGGGGUGCCCACCACCAACUACGUCGUGCCGCUCGACAAGCCCACCGGGAUGACCCGCCCGCUCGUCGAGAUCCUCAGGGACCUCAACAAGCGCGUCCCCGACAAGAUCAUCGACCCCGACACCAACACCGUCCCAUGGUACCAUGCCAACAGAAUGCUCAGCUUUUAUGCACCAGGUUGGUGUGGUGAAGUUCGUGAUGUUAUUUAUUCCAACAGUGGAACUGUGACCGUGGUCUAUCGAGUGAUUCUGAAAGGAACGGAUGGAGAGGCUUUCAGAGACGCCACAGGCACGGCAAAGGUGCACGAGGGACGUAACGACGACGCUGUUGCGGCUGCGGAGGAGGCAGCAUUCAGCAAGGCCUGCGCCCGGUUUGGUUUCGGCCUGUACCUGUACCACCAGGGUGAGAUCCCGUAG